GCGGGUUGUUACAGUCGGUGUAUAAGCUUCCAGUUACACAGAUCACCAUGUCUGAGAGGAAAGCUGUGAUCAAGAAUGCAGAUAUGUCGGAAGAGAUGCAGCAGGACUCUGUAGAGUGUGCUACUCAGGCACUGGAGAAAUUCAACAUUGAGAAGGAUAUCGCAGCCUUUAUAAAAAAGGAAUUUGACAAGAAGUACAAUCCUACAUGGCAUUGCAUCGUGGGAAGGAAUUUUGGCAGCUAUGUUACACAUGAAACAAAGCAUUUCAUUUAUUUCUACCUGGGUCAGGUAGCCAUCCUUCUCUUCAAAUCUGGCUAGACUGAAAAGGAAUCCUCCCUUUACCUGUAAAAAAAACUCCAGAGACUUGUGCUAUAGCCUAACCAAGGGAACAAACCUUCGCUACCUUCCUUGUGUCCUUAUUUGUGAUAACAGGACUGAAAACCUGUUGUGCUGAAUUGAAUUGUUUUUCAUAAUGGUUAUAAAAGAGAAUGCAACAACAAAAAUUCGUAUUUAUUUUCUAAUGUUGCUAUUUUUUCUUAACAUUUAAUAAAUGUUUUUUUUUCUUUUGAAUCACAUUUGUGUCUUUUAGCCAUUUCUUCAUUCACUGCUUUUGAAGAGACUGCGCAUAUAAUUCUAGAAAUGUAUUUAAUCUGAAUACCUUUAGCUUUGUUACUGAUAUAUUUAUCCAAGAUUGGCUGGCAGGGUAAGGCUAGUAAAUUGUACAAAAACUCCCAUUUACAACUGGCUUUUUGGCUUGCCUCUGGUUUCUAGGUGUCGACAAAAUAUGUCGACGUGAAGAAGUGGUUCAGUUAGCUAUUAGUAUUACAGAAUGACUUUAAUUCUAAGCAACUUUUCAAUUGAAUAUAAUUUUUUUUUUUUAUUAUUUAUUUACCUUCUGGCUCAAAUGGGGUUUACCACAUCAAAAACAAAUGCACUGUGCGGCUACACAUUUAUUGUUGUUUCUACAUUUUUAUUAUUCCUCUUUCUAUUCAGGCCAUCUCCUAUUCAUAUUCCAGUCUCUCCUUCAUAUCGGUGCAUGGUUGUGAGGGUAAUUUGUACCCUAGCAACCAGAAUGUUAAAAUGUAAACUAUAGAACUGUUGAAUAAAAAGUCUAAUAAAACAAA